UAAUCACUAGAAGAGUGGUUGGUUUGUGUCACUACAACAUACACCAAAAAUACAUUAUUCACAAGAACUUAAAAUUUUGAAGUUUAGCAUUGUUGUUUCUCACAAGUCAUAAUUAAGCUAUAAUGGAUGUUUGGUUGUGGAGGCUUAUUCUUCUUUCUCUUGUUGGGAUUCUCUUUUGUCCUAAACAUUGUGUAUCUCAAAAAGAUACAGGUAGAAAAUACACGUUUAUGCAGAAUGCAACAUCAGCAGCAAACAUAUCAUACUACGAUUACAUCAUAAUUGGUGGAGGAACCGCAGGGUGUCCUUUAGCUGCAACACUGUCACAAAACUACAGCGUUUUGGUACUUGAGCGUGGUGGAUCACCUUAUGGUAACCCAAAUAUAACUAAUUUAAGUGCUUUUGGUGUGCCACUCUCUGAUACUUCUCCUUCAUCUCCUGCUCAACGCUUCGUCUCUGAAGAUGGUGUCAUUAACUCAAGAGCUCGUGUCCUUGGUGGUGGAAGCUGCUUGAACGCUGGCUUCUACACUCGCGCAAGCCCUCACUACAUAGGGGAAGCUGGUUGGGAUGGAAGGUUAGUGAAUGAGUCAUAUAAAUGGGUGGAGCGAGUGGUGGCAUUCAAGCCUCCAAUGCGGCAAUGGCAAUCAGCAGUUAGAGAUGGAUUGAUGGAAAUAGGGAUAUUGCCUUACAAUGGAUUUACUUAUGAUCAUGUUUAUGGUACUAAGGUUGGAGGUACAAUCUUUGACCAAAAUGGUCACAGACACACUGCAGCUGAUCUUUUGGAAUAUGCUAACACAAACAAAAUUACUAUUCUUUUGCAUGCCACCGUUCAUAGGAUCUUGUUUACAACAAAGAAAGUUGCAGAUGGAGUUAUAUUUAUGGAUGCACAUGGUUUAGAACACAGGGCAUAUCUGAAACAGGGGAGUAGGAAUGAGAUAAUAGUAUCAGCAGGUGCAUUAGGUAGUCCACAACUUUUGAUGUUGAGUGGAAUUGGAGCAGAAAAUGACCUUAGAAAACACAAUAUCAAUGUAGUAUUGGAUCAACCUUUGGUAGGACAAGGAAUGUCAGAUAAUCCCAUGAAUGCUGUUUUUGUCCCGUCUCCUGCUCCUGUAGAGGUCUCUCUUAUUCAGGUAGUUGGCAUUACCAACUUCGGCAGCUACAUCGAAGCUGCCAGUGGUGAAAACUUUGGUGGUGGUUCUACUCCAAGAGACUUUGGAAUGUUUUCUCCUAAGAUUGGUCAAUUCUCAAAGUUGCCUCCAAAGCAAAGGACCCCAGAAGCCCUAGCAAAAGCAAUAGAAAGAAUGGAGAGUCUAGAGCAAGAAGCUUUCAAAGGUGGAUUCAUUCUAGAAAAAAUAAUGGGCCCAAUUUCAACGGGCCAUUUGGAGCUCCAAAACACUGACCCAAAUGAGAACCCUUUAGUGACCUUUAAUUACUUCAAGGAUCCAAGAGACUUAGAAAGAUGCAUUCAAGGCAUUAGUACCAUUGAAAAAAUAAUUGAUUCCAAGGCUUUUUCUCCAUUUAAAUACAAUAACAUGCCAGUCUCUAUGUUACUUAACAUGACUGCAAAUUCACCAGUUAAUUUAUUGCCUAAACACACCAAUACUUCAUUGUCUUUGGAACAGUUUUGUAGAGACACUGUGAUGACUAUAUGGCACUAUCAUGGUGGAUGUCAAGUUGGUAGGGUUGUUAAUAGUGAUUACAAGGUUCUUGGUGUAGAUGCGUUGCGUGUAAUCGAUGGUUCUACGUUUAAUUAUUCUCCUGGAACUAAUCCUCAAGCCACUCUUAUGAUGCUUGGAAGGUAUAUGGGAGUAAAAAUAUUGAGAGAGAGACUUGCAGCCAAAGAAACCAAAUAAUGAUUUAAGUUGUAUAAAUAAUUAAAACAUAUGGUAUUUCUUUAUUUGAUGAUGUUCAUCAAUUGGUGUCAAGUCACUGAGAAAAUAUAUCCACUCUAUAUUUAGAUUGAUUUUGUCAAGUUACUCCACAAAUGAAUACUAUACUUCUCUACCUUUGUUCAAUUGAAGACGAAAAAAUGAAGGAUUUGUUUUUAUAGUUUCAAUUUGAUUGGAUCAAACUCUAUGCGCUGUAGGAGAUCUGUUUGGAGUAUAAAAAUAUAUAAUAGACU